AUGGCGACCAGACGUGUUAUGGCGAACCCCGAUAUUAUUCCACCAUUACUUGAGAAAUCUAGUAAAGAAAUUGUUAAUUUAUCAACUAUUGGUAUUGAUUUUCUUGGUAAUGCUUUAAGCAACGACCUUAUUUACGAGGGCACACGUUUGAAAUGGUGCAAUGAUUUAGACUCUCUUAAGGCGUUUGUUGCCGAAGUGCUUGACUUAAACGGGAAAUGGUGUUCUCCUGGAGGUGGGUCUAAGAGGUUCACAAGCUCCAAUGCUGAACUAACUUUGACGUGGUAUUCAUGCAAGCAAAACACUUUAUUAUUUCAAGGCAAAGAUGGCAACCUAAUUCGGGAUGGAUGUGUCAAAUUUUGUCAGACACGGGAUGGUGUUAUGAAGUCGAGUUGUAAACAAGUGCAAGCCCUGUCGAAAAAUUCAGAGUUACAGCGGGAUCUCAUUGCUCAAAAUAUUUUGGAAUCAGAGCCUACACCUAUAUCAAGACCGGCCAACCAAGUUAAUGCCGCAUCACAGGUUUAUAUAGACAUUAUAGGUGAUAAUUCCAACUAUUCGUCGAACUGUCGCUGUUCGUGUGGCGUUCUAGCUGCUGAUGUUGAGGGAGUUAAAUUAGAUAUUACUACUCUAUCUAACAGAAUCGAUUCGAUUGCAAAUGCUAAUACCGAAUAUUCUCAUAAAGAUAAAGGAGUUGAUCGUCUUCGUAGUGAACUUUCGAUUGCGAAGGCGAGAUCUGAAAAACUUGAAUCUGAGUUAAGUUUAUUUGUGAAAGAAUGA